AUGGGCAGAACUCAACGUUAUCGAAAACAUGAUAAAUUGGAUAAGUUUCACACGUGUAAUAAUGAAAAUGAUUUGAUAUUAUUAAAUUCUUGGUUAAAGAAACAUGGAGUGCAAUACAGCAAGAAAUUAGUUUUGGCAGUUUUCAAAGAUACUGGACGGGGGCUGCUAACUAAAAAGAAAAUAACAGCCGGCGAGGAACUACUGAACCUACCGCUUAAUUUAACUAUAAAUAAUUGUACAGAUCUCAUGAAGCAAUAUGUUGUAAUACUGGAGAAAUUUAUUAAAUGUUAG